AAACGCUUACAGAAAAAAACAGCCUACAUCCCGUCUGUCUUUAGGGUUUCAUUUAUUGUGUUGGCAGCUCACUCCUUAAAACAGAAGCCUCCGAUUGCUGAUAAUAAGAGUAAAUAUGAAGGUUACAUUUCAAGCUGGUUACAGAAAUAAGCUAUUGGGUUUUUUUUUAUCAACUAAGAUUUGUUAGAGAUGUUUUACAUUUUAAAUGACUGAAUUUAUUUGAAAAUUGGGCUCAUUAAUAUAUUUGAACAUAUAUAUUUGAGAAGUACAAUACAAGACAAGCAGAAGUUUAGUUUGUGGGCCGUAUUGCAUUAUACUUUUAGAAUUUGCAGAGGGCCGAUUCAAAAUGGCCUGCAGGCCGCAUUUGGCCCCCGGGCCAUAGUUUGGACACCCCUGCUGUAAUGCAUCAUGCCUUUCAAUAAUUCAGGAAUUUUCUUUUUUCGUGAUAACAUUUCAAAAGUAUACUGGCCUGAAAGUACAAAGGGAAAAAGAUGUUCCUCAAACAGUGACACCACCAGGAAAACAUGAAUCAUUGCAGCUUUAGAGAGAAAAUGUAGCACUAAGCAGAAGUAGUAGUACUUGACAAUAUAGGUUCAGGAUAUAUCAUGUUUCAUUAGUUCAAAAAGGGGCGUAUUUCAGGACUCUUUUCACAGAUAACAAAGUACGAACACCUCAGUUUGAGACAUCAUUAAAGGCAGUGGCACAGCUGAUAUUACCAUUGAUUUGCCCAUGCUCACUAACCCUGCCUUCAAUGCUAGACAAAGAGGUCACUGUAGCUGUACAACUACCCUGUAGAUUACUGGAACAAUUGUAUGUAUGCAUGCAUUCAGUUCAUAAUUCAAGAUACAUUUAAAUUGUGGUGCCCCUGGGUAUUUUCAAUACUAGUUGCACCAUAUUUAACAAAGAUGGGCGGUGUAGUUUUAAAGCACAACAUGUGGAUCAAACUUGAUUUGCUUAACUGCUGUGGAAGACCUAAAGUUGCAUUUACUUGUUACGAAAGAGUACUCUUGGAAAUACAGUACAAACUCCACACUUAAUGCUCAUGUUGCUUUUCUAACUUUAAAAUAUCCUUAACGCUGUCUGCCCCUUUAAGUCAAAUUCUUGUCAAGUCUUGCGUCACAGAAAAUACUGACCUCAAUAAUCUCCUGCUGUGGUUAGUUGCUGUGUACUUUUUCGUGUGUAUCAUGCGCUAUAAUACCGUAAUGACGCUAUUUCCGAAAACACUCGAACGCAGCAUGCAGCACAACACCUGUGUAACUCCGGUUGUUAAAAAAAAAAUCCACAUCAUUGUCAUUAAAACACCAUUUCCCAGCUUUCAUUGCGCGAGUGUUCCUGUCAUUCUCUGCGGUCGUGGCAACCGAAGGCUCGCUGGGAACUAGAGUCUCGGCUCCGUAUCUCCCAUUUUCCACAGGUUUCGCGAGAUUUACAUAGGCGGGCUGGUGUGUGGCAGCAUUUCCCUGCCAGACGAACUGAACAAUACUGAUAUGAAAUCUGCGUAAAGUAGCCUUUGACUUUCUGGAGGCAUGUCCAAGAAAAGAGGCAGAAAGCGGAGUAGCGGGGAGCUGAGUGACACAUUGACCCCGGAUCCCAACAGCAUUCUGGGAGUCCGCAUUCAACAUAACUGGCGCGAGAAGGGGAACCAGAGCAAAUGGAAGGGAACGGUACUGGACAGGCUGAGUGUGAACACUUCUCUCUUCAUGGUGAAGUAUGACGGCUUUGACUGCGUCUAUGGCAUCGAGCUGUUCAAGGACGAGAGAGUGUCGAACCUGCAGGUCCUGUCAGAAAAAGUUGUAAACAACAAGAUCAAGAUGCCUCCGGGGGCGGAGGAGCUGGUGGGCAAAGCUGUGGAGCAUCUGUUUGAAAAGGAGGAUGGAGAGAAGAACGAGUGGAGAGGCAUGGUUCUCUCCAGAGCUCCCAUCAUGACCAACUGGUAUUAUAUCACUUAUGAAAAGGACCCCGUGCUUUAUAUGUACCAGCUGUGGGAUGACUAUGCUGACGGAGACCUCAGGAUUCUGCCUGAAGCAGAAAACAAACACCUGUUGCCUGCAGACAGGAAGCCCGGAGAAGAGACGGAGAGUCUGGUGGGGAAACAGGUGGAGUAUGUUACUGACAAAGGUGUGAAGAGAACAGGCCUGGUCAUCUACCAGGUCCCUGCCAAACCCUCUGUCUACUAUAUCAAAUAUGAUGAUGACUUUCAUAUCCAUGUCUAUGACCUGGUGAAAACCACCUAGGCAUAGUGGACACUUUAUCUCACUCUCCAGCCUCCCUCCAUCUGCUUCUGUUCCACUCAUCGUUAUAAUGUGUUAUCCGAAGCCAUGGCAGGGUUGAAUAGUUAAUACGCUUUAUCGUUCAGAAGAAAGUGCAAUCUGUUUUUCAUAUGCACAGCAGAACUGUAGCACCGCUAUGCUUGGCUAUCCCAAGGAGAUGGAGUCAACUUGUUUUUAUUGUUGCUGCUCUGCAUUUUAUUUAAGUUUGGACAGUCCGAGAUGGCACUGCCCAACAGCUGCAAAGAGGGCAGUUGUUUUCUGCAUUUUCUUUUCUUUUCCUUGAGAUGUUCGCUAAUCUCUCCUUAGAGUGAAUAUCCUCAUUAAAAAGCUGCUCAAAAUAUUCCUAUGAAGACACUUUCGUUUGGAUCUACUAAAUAGCUAGUUAGCACGAUAUACACAUUACAUUUGCGAUAGACACAUUCCACUGAGGCGUUUAUGAAAUAAAAUGGGAAGAUGAGUGUAUUGCAUUCAUCAAAUAAUAUUAUUAAAUUAUUCUUAAUAGUGGAAAGAAUGACUGAUAUCAGGAUUGUAGAAGGGGGCUCUCGUAUUUACAAAAGCCUUGUAGAUUAAUGAUGCUCUUGUGUAAAGAUUCUCCUGCACCGUCACACCAUAUUGAGCAAGUUGUCAGAUACUUUGCACUGGUGAAAAAGACAGUUUGCCAAAUUCUCAUGAAUUAGAUCCCACACAAAUCAUAAAGUGCCUUCCGGCUUGUCAUUUUGCAAUAUUGUAAAUACUAUAUCUCCACCGUCUACGCUCUUGUUAAAUCAUUGCGUAUGAAGGCUGCUAUUUGGUUUUCAUUCACAUGUAAGGACACUGACAGCUUGAGGAAAGUUUUGCAACCAUCAGUUUAUAUGAUUGCUGUGUUUUGCUGUUGAUGCAGUAUCAAAUGUUCUUUAAAUAUUACACACUUCAUUGGUUGUAUAUGCUCACUGUUGAUCUUCGGGGAGCACUUUAUUGUAUAAAGUUUACAUGUUUAGGUUAUAGUAUGCUAUAUAGUUUCCCCAAAAUGCUUUUUCCUUCAGAGCAAAUGUGGCAGAAUAAAUGCUUUAUAUCAUACGCAUGAAGAAAAAAAUUAAAACUUGUUGCAAUAUGUUCAAAUGACAGUAUUUAAUAGGUACAACUUGUGUAAAAUGCCUUGUAAUGUUGCUUGUUGUGAUUUCCAAUUUCUUAUCCAAACACCACCAGCUUUUAGUGAAAGGGUUGUUUAUUUACAUGAAUAUUUAACAGGUAUAUUCAACUGAAAAAAUAACAGUUGGUUGACAGUAACUCACUAACUCUGGUUAUUGUCUUUAUUACUUUGUCUCUUGCCAACAUGUAUGCUUGCAAUAUUGGUUUCAUCCAGACUUUUUCCGUUGCUGAAUUGAUCAUGGCCGUCAGUCAUUUUCAAGUGUAUCCCUCAGUUAACUAGUCAAACAAUAGUCAAACUGUUCCUGUUUUUUUUUUAGCUGUCAAAACUCUGCAUGCAUAACCUGAUCAGAGUGUCUGGAGAUAUUUAAACCUUAUUUUGACGGUAGAGAAGUGACAAUGUGUGGCAGAAUAGGUAUUGUUAGUGCAACCUACAUUUAAAAAAAUGAAUAAAAAAGAGGUUUUCACUGUACAUCACCACCAGUGGUGCUGUGUAGUGUUUCUGUGUUGUGUAAAGUGGAGUUACAAAUGACUGUGCGCGCUAUUCUUUAUGCUUUAAAUCACCUCCUGUUCCAAGAUGUAGCAGCAUCAACAGGCAAAUUGUGUCAUUAUUAUUCUGUCAUGAGUAAUAAAGAUUUUUGCACAUUU